GUGAAGACGUAUUGAAAUGAAUGGCAAAAAGUGGUGACAAAUAGUGCCAAACGUUUUGCACUCAAAAACACAAUUCAAUUGACAAUACGUUUGGACAUCAAAUUGGGAUCAAAUGUCUUCAACCCAGGAGUUUGUAGUGAGAGUUCCCAGCGAAAUGAACAAGAAGUUCAAUGUUAUGCGCUUUGGAUCCGCUCUGAAUGUGGAGCCAAACAAAUGGAAAUCGUGUCAAAUGUUUCGCGAGAACGACGGCAAAGAAGUGAAGACAGAGACGACAACCGAAGCGGAAGUGUCUGAGUUCGGCGCCGGCAGUGAGUUUGGACGCAAACACAGGGAUGAGUUGAGGCGCAAGAAGUAUACCAGAAGAUCCACUGGCGCUCAACAGCCGUGGAUUCUGAAGACCAGCGGAAAACAGGCCAAGAAAUAUAAAGGCUUACGAGAGGGCGGCGUCUCUGAGAACGCCUCGUAUUAUGUCUUCUUUCAGGCGCCCGACGGAGCCUUUGAGGCCUUUCCCGUCAAAGAGUGGUAUAAUUUCACUCCAAUCCAGAGAUACAAAGCGUUGACCGCAGAGGAAGCCGAAGAGAAGUUUGAAAAGAGAGACAAAAUAUUGAAUUACUUUUCGGUAAUGAUUAACAAAAAACGAAAAGACGAUGAAAUGCCGGAACACAGCGGAGAAUCGAAGGCUAAGAUCAAGAAAGAGCUGAAAGUGUCAGAUAUGGACGACUGGCAGGACUUGGACUCAGAUAGAAGUGAUGUAAACAGCGAUGAAGACAUCAAACCAAAGAUUAAGAACGCGAAGAAAGGCUUGAAAGCAAAGAAACCAAACAAAAAGAAGAAGAAGAAGGGAUCCGAUGACGACGACGACGACAGCGAACCCCUAGAAGAGAGCGAUGAGGGAGACUUCGAUGACAAAGAAGUGGAUUAUAUGUCCGACUCUUCCGACAGUUCAGAAGAAUCUGAAACCGAGAAAAACGAUAAACAGUUGAAAGGCGUUGGAGACGAAGACGCCUUAAGACAAUUGGCGUUGUCUGACGACGAAGACGAGGAGGAAGAGAAGGACGAACAGAAAGACAAAGACAACGAACGGACGCCAAACGGGGAUAAGAAUGGAUCGGAAGUGGACAAGAAAUCCAAAUUUAAGGAUAAAUUGACGGCAAACUUUGAUUCGCCGCCUCCCUCUUCAUCUGAUUCUGAUUCUGACGAUCCGGACUCAGUCGACGUCAAGAAGUCAGCCCUUUUAGCGCCCGUUAAACUGGAGUCGGAAAAGGGUAGUCGUGGGAGCAGUCGAUCGGCCACUCCUACCAUUAACUCAGAGGCCGGCUCUUCAGCCAAUGGGACACCGAAUGAAGCGAAUAAACUGAAACGAAAGAUGUCUUCAAAUGAUUUGUCGUCGAAUCUAAAGAAACCAAAGCUUACGAGCGAUAACUCGGAUGGCAUUACUGAAGACGCCGUUCGACGUUAUUUAAUGCGAAAACCGAUGACUUGUACUGAUUUGCUCCAGAAGUUCAAGAAUAAGGUCUCACAAAAGGGUGAUUUGGUUCACACUAUCGCACAGAUAUUGAAACGUUUGAAUCCAGAGAAGCAGACCAUCAAAAAUAAGCUCUAUUUUUCAUUGAAACCCAUUUAA